AGUCGAAAUUUGGAUGUUAAGCGAUAGAACGGGGAAGUCGGCUUUAGAAUCUCGAGAGCAACGGAUCUCCUAAAUUAAACCGAAAACAGGUUUGCCUUAGAAACAAAAUAAACGGGACGUGAAAUCAAUUAAAAUUUGUUAAAAACAAUACCUAAAAUUUCCGUUAAUAUUAAAAAAAUGAAACUAGUGUUACUAUUUUAUCUCCUGGUAGCCGGGAAUUUAUAUUUCCAACCAGAAAUAGUUGAGGGAUCUAAAAUACUUGCAGUGUAUGCCUUCCCAGGCAAAUCGCAUUUCAUGAUGCACAAGGCUUUGAUAAGGGAACUCGUUGAAAGUGGACAUCAGGUGACCAUGGUAACCGCAUUUUCUCUAGAGAAAGAGAAGCUCGGCAGCAAUUACACGGAGAUCUUGAUAGAACCGGUCUAUGAUUUUUGGCACGAUGUCAAGCUGAACUUUGGAGCCCAGCACUUAUUCGAGUUGACCCGCAUGACUAACUAUGAUUUCCUGAAAAUGCUCGAGAUCAUUGGGCUGAAGACCACGGAACAUGCUCUCCGGCAACCAAAAGUUCGGGCUCUCAUUCAUGCAGAGCAGAAAGAAGGAGUCUUCGAUCUUCUUCUGGCUGAGCAGUUCUAUCAGGAGUCUUUCCUGGCUCUGGCUCAACUUUACAAGAUACCCGUGGUGACCACAAGUACUUUGGGCUAUGUAAAUCACAUGAGUCAAAUGAUGGGCUUGAUUACACCUUGGUCUUUUGUGCCCCAUGGCUUCAUGCCCUUCACCGAUCGCAUGAGUUUCAUCGAGAGGCUGAAGAACUCCUAUGCUAACUUCUACGAAGAUAUGAACAGGCUGUACAACUACUUUCCCAAAAUGGAUGCGUUGACCAAGGAGCAUUUUGGUACCGUUUUGGAUGAAGUGCCAAAGGUCAGGAACAUGGAGAGGCAAAUCUCGGUGAUGCUGCUAAACAGUCACGCACCACUGACCACAGCACGUCCCACUGUGGAUGCCAUGGUGUCGGUGGGCGGAAUGCACAUUUACCCGCCCAAAAAGCUGCCGGCGGACAUGCAAGCCUUUUUGGACGGAGCCACCGAGGGGGCCAUCUUCUUCAGCCUGGGGAGCAAUGUCCAGAGCAAGGAUAUGCCCGUCGAGAUGCUUCGGUUGUUCCUGCAGGUAUUCGGUUCCCUCAAGCAGCGGGUUUUGUGGAAAUUCGAGGACGAGACCAUUCGCCAAUUGCCCGAAAAUGUGAUGGUGCGCAAGUGGCUGCCACAAGCGGAUAUUCUGGCCCAUCGAAAUGUAAAAGUUUUCAUCACACACGGCGGUUUAUUUGGCACUCAGGAGGGAGUCCACUAUGCGGUUCCCAUGCUGGGCAUUCCCAUCUAUUGUGACCAGCACUUGAAUAUGAACAAGGCUGUUUUGGGUGGCUAUGCCAUUAGCCUGCACUUUCAAUCGAUUACUGAGGAAAUCCUCCGGGAGUCUCUGCAUCAACUUCUCUUUAAUGCCACCUAUAAAGAAAAUGUGCAGAGGAUUUCGAACAUAUUCAGGGAUCGCCAGCAGGAACCGCGAAAAACUGCUGUCUACUGGAUCGAGUAUGUCAUCAGACACCGGGGAGCUCCACAUAUGCGAUCUGCAGGACUAGAUCUCAACUGGAUUCAGUUCUAUCUGCUGGAUGUUAUAGCCUUCGUGCUGGUGGUAGCUUUCAUUGGAAUUGGAGUCCUCGCGUUGGCCAUUCGACUGCUGAUGGGCAGUAACAGGAAGCAAAGGAAAGCUAAACAAUUCAGAAAUACUUUUCAAAUAUUGCUUUUGAGCCUGGUGGCUCUCCAGCAAUUGGAUUUUGGUGCUAGUUCCCGCAUUUUGGCAGCUUUCUUCUUCCCUGGAAAGAGCCACUUCAUGAUGACCAAUGCCAUCAUCCGGGAGUUGGUCAAACAAGGACAUGAGGUAACAUUCAUCACUCCAUUCUCCUUGGCCAAGGAAAAUCUGGGAGCAAACUACAAGGAAAUUGUGAUUCCACAAUACGAUUUCUGGCCAGAAAUUAAGGAGAUGACCCAGCGCAACACGGUUCUGGAAAUGACCGAUCUGCCAAACUAUACCUUCCUCCGGAUGGUCAAUGUAAUGGGUGUUCACAGUACGGACUUUGCCUUCGAACAGCCGGAAGUUCAGGCCGUAAUCAAUGAGAAAAACAAGGUUGGAAAGUAUGAUUUGCUGCUGGCGGAACAGUUCUUCAACGAGGGAGCACUUAUCCUGGGACACCUGUACCAGAUUCCCAUCAUCACUGUCUCAACUUUCGGCCAUGCCAAUUACCUUAGUCAACUUUUCGGCAUAGUUACUCCGUGGUCCUAUGUGCCACAUGCCUAUAUGCCCUUCACAGAUCGCAUGACUUUGUGGGAGCGAAUUGAAAACGUGGCCAUCAGUGCCGCCGAGGAUCUUUCCAGGGAGUUCUCAUAUUACCCCGGACAGGAUGCGGUCCUCAAGAAGCACUUCUCCAAAAUUCUCGAUAGAGUUCCCAGUGUUAAGGAACUGGAGCGAAAUAUCUCGGCUAUUCUUCUAAAUACCUACAUGCCUUUGGCUUCAGCGAGACCGAUGUCUUACAAUAUGAUUCCGGUUGGAGGUUUGCAUAUUCAGAAGCCAAAAGCUUUGCCGGAGGAUCUGAAGAAGUUCCUUGAUGGUGCUACUCAUGGAGCCAUUUAUUUCAGUUUGGGCUCCCAAGUUCGCAGUGCUGAUUUGCCGCCUGAAAAACUCAAGAUCUUCCUGGAUGUCUUUGGCAGUUUGAAGCAGCGUGUAAUAUGGAAAUUUGAGGAUGAAACUCUGCCCAAUCUCCCAGCCAAUGUGAAGGUGCAGAAAUGGUUGCCUCAAGCUGACAUCCUGGCCCAUCCGAAUGUGAAGGUGUUCAUUGCCCAUGGAGGUCUCUUCGGAACCCAGGAAGCUGUCUACAAUGGAGUACCUGUUCUUGGAAUGCCAGUCUAUUGUGAUCAGCAUUUGAAUAUCAACCAAGGAAAGCAAGCGGGUUAUGCUUUGGGUCUGGAUUACCGGACUGUAACAGAAGAUGAGCUUAGGGAAUCACUUCUCCAACUGAUCGAGAAUCCCAAGUUCAGGAAUAAUAUGAAGAAGGCUUCAAAGGUAUUCCGCGAUAGACCAUUGAAUGCAAUGGAUACUGCGAUGUAUUGGAUUAACUAUGUGAUCGAGCACCGAGGAGCUCCUCAUUUGGUGUCUGCCGGAGUGGAGCUGCCCUGGUACCAAUUCUACUUACUGGACAUCGCAGGACUUGCUCUCGCUGUGAUUAUCCUGCCAAUUUUAGUUCUCCUCUCGAUUUGCCGCAGAAGCUCGAAGCCAAAGAGCUCUCCGAAGAAGAAAACCAAGAGGAAUUAGAACCAAAACUAGUGAUUUAUUUUUGUUAACAAAAAGGAUACAAAUAUGUUAGAUAGUUUUCUGCAAUAAAUUUUGGAUAAUUUCGUAA